AUCGGCAUCGGCACUCACGUCAUUUUGCGUGUUUUGUUGUUAGCUUGGUUAUGGCGUUUUAUUUCUUUGUCGCUUUCUUUUUUCUUUUUGCGUGUGUGCCGUGCAGCAAUUCAUCCGUAUUCAUUUGCCCAUCCGCAGGAGUUCGCGGAAGUGGCCCGAUGGAUUAAGUGCAUUACCGUGGAAUUGACUACGCACAAUGCUUGAGAAGUGACGUGCAAAGCCAUGCCAGGGUCCUGGCGUCGUGUCUGAGGCGGGAUGGCCAGCGGUCCCCCGGUGGAGGAGGACGAAGAGCCCCGCUUCUGGGACGAAUCUGACGAUGCUUGCAGCGACGUGACCAUGAACAGCGUAGCGGCCAGCGGGGUCGAGCGCAGGGAGCGCAACGGCUCCCUUGUGUCAGAGGCCCCCUCCGAGAUGACUCCGGACAAGUACGGCUUCUUCGGAGGCUCCCAGUACACCGACCCGGGAAUGUUACGCCGUGUGCCAGUUCAGGUGCAGUGGAAGCGUGAACUCAAGUGGAGAGACAUGCUGGAAAACUGGGAACGGUACAUGGCCAAGCGCUUUAAGAAGGUGCGUGAUCGGUGCCGCAAGGGCAUUCCUUCGUCUAUGCGAGCCAAGGCCUGGCAGUACCUGUCUGGGGGAAACUUCCUCAUGGAGAGCUACAAGGGAAAGUUCACGGAGCUUGACCAACACCCUGGAGACCCCCGCUGGGUGGACGACAUCCGGAAAGACCUGCACCGCCAGUUCCCACAGCACGAGAUGUUUGCCAAGGACCAGGGCCAUGGGCAGGAGGACCUGUUCCGCAUCCUGAAGGCCUACUCAGUGCUGAACCCUGCAGUGGGCUACUGCCAGGGCCAGGCCCCAAUUGCGGCGGUGCUGCUCAUGCACAUGCCCGCGGAGCCAGCCUUCUGGUGCCUCGUCUCCAUAUGCGACAAGUACCUGCGCGGCUACUACAGUCCCGGCCUGGACGCAAUCCAGCUCGACGGGGAAAUCUUGUUUGCAUUACUCAAGCGGGUCUCUCCGUCGGCCUACCGUCACCUGAAGAAGCAGCGAGUGGACCCCAUCAUGUACAUGACAGAGUGGUUCAUGUGCGCCUUCAGCCGGACGCUGCCCUGGGCCACGGUGCUUCGCGUUUGGGACAUCUUCCUCUGCGAGGGGGUGAAGGUGCUUUUCCGGGUGGCCCUGGUGCUGCUCCGGGGGACGCUCGGGGGAGGGGACGUGGGCAAGCGCUACCCGGCCAUGUUCGAGACCCUGGAGGCGCUCCGCUCCCUGCCCCCGCCCCUACUGCGGGAGGACUUCCUCGUCACGCAGUGUUGCCAGCUGGACAUCACGAGUCACGACAUGAUGAAGGAGCACCAGCGUCAGAUCGCCAAGAGACGGCUAGCCCAGCUCGCCAAGGUCAAGACCUAGACGGGGGUCGCGCACUUCACCCUCACCUGUUUCUCUCGAAAUCAUCAACAUCACCAGUGAUAGCACGCACCAAGGCAAUGCGGAGGUGAGGAGACGAGGAAAGCCCCGUCCUCACGAGUCAGUUCGUCGGCAGUGUGGUGAAGUGUCGGAGUAAUUUUGGGGUUGUGCCCUCUAUGCGUCCAAAUUUUUCGGUGGAGUGGGAGGGUGCAAACUCCUGCAGAAAGCUGCCGCUGUGGCUAUUUUCAUGUAUUUUUCUCCUCGAAACUGUUGCACAUAGAACGAUGUGUAUCGAGCUUUCUUUUAUUUCUUUGUUUAUUUAAGUAUUACUGUUUGCUUGUCGUCGUAAUUUGGACCUGCAAUGUCAUUAGGGCAUAGAUUUUGCAGGCACCUAGGGGUGUUUGAAGCACAGGGAACACCUAUCCAUAUACACAAGUCUAGAGGUACUGAAAUUUGCAUGCAAUAGUGCCUAGCCUGCAUUUCGGUUGCAUCCCGUUACAACUGUACGCUGCCACGGUGACGUGGAAAAUGUUUUUAAGAGUCCAAGUUUUUGUUCUGCUU